AUGGUUGAACGAGAGGAUGGUAAGUGAAAGAGUGUAUCGAUAGACUGUAACGAAAGAGUGAAUAUGAUAGAAUUGCGCUGCUGCCUCGUCUGCUUUACCCGUCAAAGUCUGGGAGAACCAGGAUGGAUAUAUACUGUUAUUCCCAGGCAGCAACGGCCGGCUACCUCGGCAUUGCGGAAGUGAUUCAGCUGUUAUCGAUCAUACUGACACAUCACAUCCCUUUGGCACGCAAAAGUAAAGAUGUCGCAAAAUUGGGACGUGGUGAAACAUUUUCUGACGGAAGUCUGGAAGGCGUUCCCUGUUGGAGGGAGUUGUUUCAGAUGCACGGACGAGAAAACCAAAGCGGCAGGGUCCGGACCCUGAUCGAGACUCGAAGCGGGUUAGUUUCCCGAUGGAUGUGGAGACAUUGGCGCUUCAUCGAAGGGGAAUGGAGCUCAAAGAACCUAAAUUGAGUUUGAGGCGGAGAUCAACGUUCGAGCCCUGAACCAUGAAACGGUAGGGUUCGUGAAACUC